AUGACGAAGGAAGAUUCGUGGUUCAAUAAUGCAGUGCAGCGUCUACGUCACCAUUUCAGCAGUGAUCGUUCAGUUUCUGUCUACGAGGCAUUAACAGCUCAUGUCUUAGAUGCGGCCACAGGCGGUGCCUUGUUCCUCACUGGUGUGUCGGCAGCGCAAGUGGCUCAGAACCUUCUACGCAUCGGUUCGGCCUCCGGCUUUUUACUACCUCAGGCAUUUGGUGCUGCUGCCGUCGCGUCGUCUUCCGUCUUGGCGCUACAUUUUGCCUUCAUCCCGAGGGAAAUUUACCAGGAAUUAGCAGCGCAGAGCCGUCGAGCCAAUGAGAAGCGACGCUGGAGCUGGCUCGUGCUCGGUGCCAAGAACCUUCAGCCGCCAAAGGCGUGGAAACAGGUGCAGCUGAAAGUACAGGAACGCUAUGAGAAUCUUUCACAAGCUCCUUACCCAGUCUACAUGGUAAUGGGGCUGCUGUGUUUCAAGCUACUAGGGGGACGGAUGAGUGCCCUCGCACCCUCUCCUUUCGCCAAUCUCGGAGCUUUUCACCUCAAGAAGGCGUCACUCCCGGCAACGGUUGACUAUGCCACGAGUAUCGAGAGAGGCAUUAUUCAGGAGUUUGGAAGGCUCUUUGGAUGCCAUACGUGCGGAGUUAAACGUGGCGUGCGAUAUCACGCAGACCACAUGCCGCCGAAAUUGGUGGCCAAGCGCACAGACGAGAAGAUUGUCCGAAGGAUGCUGGGUCGAAAAACGACCUUCCGCUUUUACCCGCAGUGUGAGUCGUGCUCGAACCGUCAAGGCAGCGUAGUGAAGCAGUGGAAAUCGACGCUCAAGAUGCAUCUGCUGUCGUUCCGAGCGUACCAUUUUACUGGCCUGUGGCUCGUCCUGUUGUGCACUGGUGGCCUCUAUGUUGGAGGUUCGAGCUUCCAUGAGACGUCCGAGGUAUCUGCUCCCAUGGAUGCAGCUAACGAGACUCCCAAUUCAUUUGCUUCAUCGGAUUUCGCGUUGUUGAUGUCACUACGUGAACGGGAGCGUAAAUUACGCCGAGAGCGAGGAAAAGAGAGGGAAUCAAUUCAGGUUGCUGCGAUCGAUAAAGAAUUGGAAGCAGUUGCGGAGUGCACGAAGGCCGUCAAAGCUGACAUUAAACGGCAGAAGGCCAACUAG